UUAGAGAGAAGUUUUUUUUUUUUUUUUCCCCUCUUAUUACUUUUUUUUUUUUUUUAAACUAACGGAUUAUUAUUGUUGUUGUUUUAAAUUUAGCUCUUAGGGGUUAGCUGUUUGGGUUUUCUUUCGGUGCCCGGCCCCCGUCUCCCCGGCUUCCCUUGCGUGUGUGGAGCCGCGGCGCCCGCCGGCCAGCCGCUCCAGCGCCCCCCGCUCGCCUCCAGCCCGUGGGGACCCGGGUCUCGCACCGCCUUCAAAGUGACCGGGGCCAACUGUGACCGGCCGGGAUCCGACCCUCGCCUCCUCCCUCGGCGCUAGGGCUCCCUGGCCUCUCGUCAGAGCGGACAGAGAACCGAAAGCGGAUCGUCCUCAGCUGGGCUGCCGCCUACUCCUGGACUCAGCGCGCCCCUCCCCGCACACCCACCCACCCAUCCACCCGGCCGGCCAGGCCGCGGCGGCCAGGAGGCGCACCCGCCAGGAUGUUCGCCGCCGGGCUGGCUCCCUUCUACGCCUCCAACUUCAGCCUCUGGUCGGCCGCUUACUGCUCUUCGGCCGGCCCCGGCGGCUGCUCCUUCCCUCUAGACCCCGCCGCGGUCAAGAAACCCUCCUUCUGCAUCGCAGACAUCCUGCACGCCGGCGUGGGGGAAACGGGGGCCGCCGCGGAGGGCCUGGCGGGGGCCUCGGCCGCCGCCCUCACGGCGCACUUGAGCUCGGCUCACCCGCACGCCUCUUUCCAAGCUGCCGCCAGAUCCCCGCUUCGACCCACCCCGGUGGUGGCGCCCUCCGAAGUCCCGGCUGGCUUCCCGCAGCGGCUGUCUCCGCUCUCAGCCGCCUACCACCACCAUCACCCACAGCAGCAACAGCAGCAGCAACAACCCCAGCAGCAGCAGCCUCCGCCUCCACCCCGGGCAGGCGCCUUGCAGUCCCCGGCCUCCGGGGCGCGGGUGGUCCCGAACCCCCACCAUAGCGGCUCGGCCCCAGCCCCCUCCAGCAAGGACCUCAAAUUUGGAAUUGACCGCAUUUUGUCUGCAGAAUUUGACCCGAAAGUCAAGGAAGGCAACACGCUGAGAGAUCUCACGUCCCUGCUAACCGGCGCGCGGCCCGCCGGGCUGCAUCUUCCCGGCCUGCAGCCCUCCGCCGGCCAGUUAUUCGCGUCUCUAGAUCCUAUUAACGAGGCUUCUGCCAUCCUCAGUCCCUUAAGCUCGAACCCGAGAAAUUCAGUGCAACAUCAGUUUCAAGACACAUUUCCAGGUCCCUAUGCUGUGCUCACCAAGGACACUAUGCCCCAGACCUACAAGAGGAAGCGCUCAUGGUCCCGGGCGGUCUUCUCCAACCUGCAGAGGAAAGGCCUGGAGAAAAGGUUUGAGAUUCAGAAGUAUGUGACCAAGCCUGACCGGAAGCAGCUGGCAGCGAUGCUGGGCCUCACUGAUGCACAGGUGAAGGUGUGGUUCCAGAACCGGCGGAUGAAGUGGCGGCACUCCAAGGAGGCCCAGGCCCAGAAGGACAAAGACAAGGAGGCGGACGAGAAGCCCACAGGCGGAGGCCCGGCUGCAGACGGCGAGCAGGAUGAGCAGAGCCCCAGCCGCUCGGAGGGCGAGGCCGAGAGUGAUAGCAGCGACUCUGAGUCUCUGGACAUGGCCCCCAGUGACACAGAGCGGACUGAGGGGGCUGAGCGGUCUCCACACCAAACCACAGUCAUCAAGGCUUCGGUCGCCGGUGCGCUCCUCCCCGCCAGCAGCGGCGGGAACGGCGGCGGCAGCGGGGGCAGCGGCACUUACAGCUUCAGCGGCCUGGGCAGCACCGGCACCAGCACGGGGAUCGGGAUUGCCAGCAGCCUUGGCGGCGGCAGCAGCGGGGUUGCCCCGGAGUUGCUCCCUGCGCCCCAGCCAGCCCUCAGCAGCGCUCCCAAGAGCCCUGAGCCCGCCCAGCAGCCUCUCGGAGGCCUAUAGACUGGACCAGGGCGGAGGGCACCCGGGCCCUGCGUGCAGACGCCCAGCCUUCCUGCGUGGCUGGAUCGUGUGCCUAUUUUAUGGUGGUGGCAAUGACAGAACCAGAGAUGCAGCGGCGGAGCCUCCUUGGCCGCCUGGUACAGCCCCCACUGCGCAGUGGUCUGGGGAGUCUCGGUGCCCCACGGACACUUCUGCCUGGAUACAAGCAGCUCACACUGUAAAGUGUGACUCCACAGUUCCUUCCAGCUCUAGGCGUGGCAAACGCGUGCUGCACUUAGGGUGCCACAAACUUGUAAAUAAAAUGUUUACUACAGUUUGUAAAGAAAGGCUGCUUGGCUGGCUGGGGCUAUGCGGUCAGUAAGGUCAGGGAUCUCCGUGCUGGACCUUAGCCCCAGGGCACUGCAGGUCACCGCGGCUGGAGGCGGGGACUAGAGCUUUUGAGUAAGUGCUACAACCUCAGAACCGCCUUGCUGCAGAGAUCAGGGUUGGGGCUGAGCGGUUCCAGGUUCCACCAGUUCAGAGGUGUCAUGGCCCGAAGCCCGCCAAUGGCCGCUGAACUCGUGCUCCGUGACCCUGAGUGGGGCCUGGGAGCUGGGGUGGCCACAGAAUCUGUUAGGGGCAGAUGGCUUCCCCAGGAGAGUCGGGAUUCCUGUGCCCGCAGGCUUUCCACAGAUGCAGAGUUGGGAUGGAGAAGAUGGUAGUGCCUGGCAGGGUCCAUCUGGCCACAGCGUAUGCUCCCAAGGUGGCUGCCGGUGCCUGGUGUGAAGCUGUGCAACCAUUUCAGUACAGUCGGCCCCUUGCUCAGGCAUGAUCUGUCCUGUCCUGGUGGAAAGGACAGGCAGACCGCUGGUUCGGGCUGGAAGGCUAGGCCUGGGGUGGCUUUAAAGAUGCCCAGACAAUUGCAUGGCAGGGAGGUGUCUUAUUCAAGGUCACUCUGAGGCAGAGCCCCAGAUCAGAACUCCGACCUGCUGGCUCACAUUUGGCCCGUGAUGGGUCUACAAAACUGCCCCCACCCUAAUACACACACACACACACUCACUCUUCAUAACUGGGCUAUUGCAGGUGUCUGAUUGAGUUCAACCCCGCUGCCAGGAGGUGAGGCAGCGUCCCCGUCCCCAUCACACUGCAGCUGGAGUACAGCAAACCCAUUUUACCUGCACGCUGCUGCCACUGGAGUGGGCCAUUGAAAGUUUGUUUUUUGUUUUUUGUUUUUGAAAGGCUGAAGAGUCCUACCCUGGCUCACCUUCCCUCGAAACUACAAAAUGUCUGGAGUUUGCAAAAGGUUCUUCGGGGAGAUUUUAAAACAAACAGUUGUUGCGGCCGAACCUGAUCACCAGGGUCUAUUUGGCACUGAGCGGUGGGCCGGGCAGAAGGCCUAUUACGGGCCGACCAUCCAUUUUGUGGAGCUGGUUCUCACGGAGAGUGGUUCUCCGGUGGGGACACUGAGGUCAGCGAGCCUAGGACCACCCUUGUCCCCCGGCCAGAGUGGGAAGGCUCCCUGGUCUGGCUCAGCUUCUUCACUUUGAUCCAUUUGCUCGAGCACAUUAAAAAAUCUUCCUUCCAGAUUUAUGGGCCCAGGGGCCGAAUAGAUGCCUCCGAUUUUGUCUGCUCUGGUCUGGUACAACAGACACCUGGGCAAGUUCCACAGCCCAGCCCAGGGAUGCCAGACUGACCAUUUCCUACACCAGUCAACCCCUCACCUACCAAGCUGAACCCUUAAGGAAUGUGCCAGAGUGGGGAGGGGAGAGGGAAGACCGGGGUGGUCCAACAAAGGAAAAAGAAAGGAAAGGUUGAGGCCCCAGGAGGGAUCUCUAGUUAAAGGGGAAUGUGAGCCAGCUGUUGUCCCUAAAUGUGCCACAAGAUGGGUGGGCAGCCUCCCCACCUGCCCGGGGGGUUCCAGCCCCAGGCUGGGGUGCUUCCUUUAUUCUGUCCACAGGUUCUGCUACUUGAAUUGCAGCAUUCUCUCUGUACCCCAAUUUUGCCUUUAUUACCGAAAUCCGUUUCCUCCCAAAUGCCGGAAUUCUGGAAUCAGGUCUGCCCAAGAACAUGGAAUUACAAUUAAGAGGCACUUGAAUCCAUUUCUGGCGUUAAGGAGAAUCACGUGGCAGGAUAUACACCUGGUUGAGGAGCCAGGCUGGGGAGGGGAGAUGGGGAAGGUUGGUGCUUCAUACUCACGCCAGCUACCCGCCCUUGUGCGGUGCCUGCUGCCCCCCCAGACCCCGCCGCGUCUCUCUGCCUGGGCCCAGUUUUACGAAGUGAAGGAAGUCAUCGU